AUGACUGACCUUUUUACUGACUCGGAUGAGACUGGAAAUAUAUACCAACCAACUUCAGCAUCCAAACGACCCAGUAAUGAACACACGUCAAAAGAGCGGGAAACGAAGCGUGCAGUUCGAAAGAGACAAGUGUCAUUUUCAAAUGGUGCUGACGAAACCGAUGUUUCGGAAUUGCAAAGAUUACAAAGAACAAAUAGCAACGAAGAAGACUCGGUAAUUCAACAUCCGAAUAAUGCUCAACAACAAUAUUAUCAACAGCAUACGUCGUACGUACGUGUACCGUUUGAUGACGAAAAUAUGUAUAGCCUUCAAGGGAAAGCUAUUGCGCGAACGCGAAGGACUCGACGAUAUACAGAGGGUAGCAUUUACAACGUUGAUCGAGGUUUUGAAAGGCAUAUGCUAGAAAAUGAGAAAGGGAUGCGACACAGUAAAACUGCGCCAAAAAUUGUUAAACCCGAUGAAAGAAACUGUAAAUGUAAAGAAUGUUACGCCGAACAUCGUGAGAAGGUACUUAAUUAUUAUUUAGAUAACAUUGAUAGAGAGGAAAGAAUGCCCAACAGAAGUCAUAGUAUUACAUCAUUGCCUGAACAACAUAUUCGGCACAACAAUAAUAUAACUCCCUUUUGCCAAAGAUCACCUCAUUAUAACACUCAACAAGACCAUGUGGAUACAUUCGUACAGCUUGACAGUCAUUUCCAGCCCUACAUACAUCCGAUCUAUAAAUGCAACAAAUCUCGCUCAGUUGAUAUCUUAGAGCCUAUUGAGAGUGGUGAUGGUGAAGUUCCAAGAAUGGGAGGAGCCCCCUGUCGACCUUUGCCAAAAGUUGCUACUGGAAGUGAUGCGGGUACGUCUGGAUACGCACAAAUGAAUCCUUCGAGCAAUAAUUCCGAUCCAGUUUCCAGCGCCCAAAGUGAAAGCUAUCAAAUUAGCAAGACAGAGCUGUUGAAACAUCCAUUAUUUCGAAUUAUGUUGAUCUUGAAUGUACUUCUGCUCGUGGCAAUCACUGCAGGAUUAUCUGUCUACAUGUACAUACUAAAUAAAAAUCCUGAGAUACCUUUGCAAACUACUGUAGAUCCUGGCCGAUGUUUACCUUGUUCAGAGUUUCAGAAUUUGGCUUUAGGACUGCCGCUUGAUCUCGGCCUUAUUCUUGAUGAACAUAAUAAGAGUGUUUGUUGCGUUAGAAAGGGAGAGAACACUCUGAAAUUUGUCCUUAAGGCCAUAUCAACAAUGGAAAAUAACCGUACAGAUAACAACACACCUCGUCCAGUCCUACAACUAACGGCUGAAAAUUUAUCGUCUGAUAACACUAUUGUCUGGAGAGGCAAAGAUGGAGGGAAACUCGUCAUAUCGAACACACUUAAGCUCGUGGAUGGAGGCAAGGCUGUGCAAAUUAACCAUGGCGGAUUGUACUUCGUUUCCACAAAGUUGUCAUUUAUCUCCAAGAAAACAAGCAUUGAUGGAGAGUCGUUUGCCAUUGGUCAUCAGAUUCUAGUGGAUGACGAAACAAUCGAGGAGGCAUCCCAGAUGUGUUAUUUUCCACGAACAAAUAAAACGCUUGCUAUCGAGCAUGUUAGUACAAACCAGUUUGUCAAAAAAUUCAAAACACACGAUCAGGUCUCGGUGCAGUUUCUUAGGAUAAUUGACCACGCGAUGUUUAUCUCAGACAGUUGGUCAUAUGACCGUGAGAACGGAGUUCUUUACUAUUCUGAAAUAUCAGAGGAAAAGCGAAACUAA